CAUAGGUCAUUGCUCAACCGCUGAGCUACACCAGCCAGUCCAUAGCUAAUUUUUAAGCUGAUAAUUUUAUGUGGCCUGACAAUGGUGUUACAAGUAUCCAAGUGGCCCUUGGCAUAAAAAGUUCCCCACCCCUGAUCUAAGCAAAUAUGGCAGGGGUUGGGUACAUACUAUGGCAGAAAUGGCUGACAAAGAUCGGUGUUAUUAAGGGUACACAGAGGUAAUAAGGCUGGGAGGAAAGCUGCUUUGAAAAAAUGGGCUGAGGGAUUGGGGUACCCUCAUUGAGCUGGGAGGGGUCUCAAAAUUGGUGUUUGUUUCUGAGCAGCUGCUGGUAUGUCGCUCAGAAUCGACAUGGUAAAUCUAAAACAAUCUGUCAGCAGUUAUUAGCUGACCUCACCCAAGUUCCAAGCCCUACUCUGCCUGAUCCUUUUCUUGAGCCUCAGAGCUAAAAUGCUCCUGAGCUCUUUCCUAUUGGCUGGAAAGACCAAUUGAAGUUCCCUUGCCCAUGUUAGGAGGUGUACGCCUCCUGAACUAAAGAUAGAUACAGCUGGCCCUUCCAGGCAGCUAAAAGCUUCCAGACUAAGAGGUGUUCCCCAUUCGGCAGCCAGACUCCUUGAAAUACCCUUUUAGUAAUUCUACCAACGCUUCCAUGUCUCUACUCUGCCAUAACAAAGGCUGUGGGCAGCACUUUGACCCCAAUACCAACCUUCCUGAUUCCUGUUGCCAUCACCCUGGGAUUCCAAUCUUCCAUGAUGCACUUAAGGGUUGGUCCUGCUGCCGGAAACGAACUGUAGAUUUCUCUGAGUUCUUAAACAUCAAGGGCUGUACUGUGGGACCACACUGUGCUGAGAAGCUCCCUGAAGCCCCUCAACCUGAAGGCCCUGGCACAAGCAGUUCACUUCAGGAGCAAAAACUGACUAUGAUUCCAAAGUCAGCAGAGACUUUGCGUCGGGAGAGGCCCAAGUCGGAGUUGCCUCCAAAGUUGCUUCCACUAAAUAUAUCCCAAGCUCUGGAAAUGGCAUUGGAAAAGAAGGAAUUAGACCAGGAAUCUGGAGCAGGACUUGACAGUAGUCUGAUCCAGACUGGUUCCAGCUGCCAGAACCCAGGAUGUGAUGCUGUUUAUCAAGGCCCUGAGAGUGAUGCUACUCCAUGUACCUACCACCCAGGAGCACCUCGAUUCCAUGAGGGGAUGAAGUCUUGGAGCUGCUGUGGCAUCCAGACCCUGGAUUUUGGGGCCUUCCUGGCACAGCCAGGAUGCCGAGUUGGUAGACAUGACUGGGGAAAGCAGCUACCAGCAUCUUGCCGUCACGAUUGGCACCAGACAGAUUCCUUAGUAGUGGUGACUGUGUAUGGCCAGAUUCCACUUCCCGCAUUCAACUGGGUGAAGGCCAGUCAAACUGAGCUUCAUGUCCACAUUGUCUUUGAUGGUAACCGUGUGUUCCAAGCACAGAUGAAGCUCUGGGGGGUCAUAAACGUGGAGCAGAGCUCUGUCUCCUUGAUGCCAUCUCGGGUUGAAAUCUCCCUGGUGAAAGCUGACCCAGGAUCCUGGGCCCAGCUGGAGCACCCUGAUGCACUAGCUGAGAAGGCUAAGGCAGGGCUUGGGUUAGAAAUGGAUGAGGAAGAAUCUGAGGAUUCAGAUGAUCUGAGCUGGACAGAGGAGGAGGACGAGGAGGAAGCGAUGGGGGAAUAGUGACACCAAACAGUCAAGUAUCUAGACAGGACCUCAAGGACUCGCUUAGGAUCUCAGAGACCAGGAUAUGGUUGGCCAUGUGGUAUUGAGCAGCAGGAGGCUGAAGGAGGGGAAGAACAAAAGUAUCCAAAUCAUGCUGUUUUUUCUCUUAAAUAAAUCUUAUAUUCUACAGUUUCA